AUGUUAAAUCGAAUCAUUCUAUGGUUCUUUUUAGUGCUCUGGCAGCUUUCAGCUGCUGAACUGAUUAAAUUUUCUCCUCCUGAUGAAGGCUCUGUCGUUCAUAUGGAAUUUGAGCUUACAGACGACCCUUCAUCUGAUCCUAGCCCUUCUCAAGAAAUUGCUAUGGCAGGGCAAGGCUCAAAACAAAAAAUCCCAGCCAGACCAAAGCGUCACCUCGAGGACUGCAGUGCAUUUGGCUUCUGCUCAACCUGCACCGAAACUGAGUGCUCAGCUUGCCUUGAUGAAAGCAACAUGGACAAAUCUGAUGGCAAAUGCAAAUGCAAAACCGGUCUAUUUUGGGAUUCAGAAUCUAGCACUUGUGUGGCUUCUUGCAAAGACACUUUCCAUAUCGAACUGACAAUUGUAGAUAGUGAUGAAGACACUUCAUCUGGGCAUUAUUUUGAUGGGACCAGCUGUCUUCCGUGUGAAGAAGGAUGUGAUGAAUGCGAGGACAUAACUGGAAAAUGCACUGUAUGCUCACAGAAUGUCAAAAUCGAGAUGGAUAUUGCUUCUUGUUGUGAUAAAGGGCAAUAUUAUGAUGGUAGUGAUUGCUUAAAGUGCCCAAGUAUAUGUGACGAAUGUGAAGACACAACUGGAGAAUGCAUAACCUGCUCAAAUAACUUCAGAAUGGAGAUGGACAUUACUUCUUGCUGCGAUAAAGGGCAAUAUUAUGAUGGCAGCGAUUGCGUGCAAUGCCCAAAUAAAUGUGAAGAGUGUGAAGACACAACUGGAGAAUGCAUAACCUGCUCAAGUAAUUUAAGAAUGGAGAUGGACAUUACUUCUUGCUGCGAUAAAGGGCAAUAUUAUGAUGGCAGCGAUUGCGUUCAAUGCCCAAGUGAAUGCGACGAAUGUGAGGAUACAACUGGAGAAUGCAUAACCUGCUCAAAUAACUUUAGAAUUGAGAUGGAUAUUACAGCUCUUGAUUGUGCAUGCGAUUCUGGGUACUAUAUGGAUGAUCAAGGAGAAUGCCAACAAUGCAGUGAUAAAUGUGAAGAGUGUGAAGAUAUUACAGGCAAAUGCUUGACUUGUAGCAGCAAUUUAAAGCUUGAGUUUGACGUUGUAGAAUGCAGUGGAUGUGACUCUGGGUAUUAUAUGGAUGACCAAGGAGAAUGCCAACAAUGUAGUGAUAAAUGUGAAGAGUGCGAAGAUAUUACAGGCAAAUGUUUGACUUGUAGCAGCAAUUUAAAGCUUGAGUUUGACGUUGUAGAAUGCAGUGGAUGUGACUCUGGAUAUUAUAUGGAUGACCAAGGAGAAUGCCAACAAUGUAGUGAUAAAUGUGAAGAGUGCGAAGAUAUUACAGGCAAAUGUUUGACUUGUAGCAGCAAUUUAAAGCUUGAGUUUGAUGUUGUAGAAUGCAGUGGAUGUGACUCUGGAUAUUAUAUGGAUGGCCAAGGAAAUUGUCAACAAUGCAGUGAUAAAUGUGAAGAGUGCGAAGAUAUUACAGGCAAAUGUUUGACUUGCAGCAGCAAUUUAAAGCUUGAGUUUGACGUUGUAGAAUGCAGUGGAUGUGACUCUGGAUAUUAUAUGGAUGACCAAGGAUGGUUAAGCUAGGCUAUUGAAGUCAGGCGUUAGCCAUAUUGGUGCGCAGUCACCAUAGAUCUAUCAUACAGGAGGCUCAUCGGCUUUUCGAUUCUUGCCUAUAGAGUCUUUACUCCAAUAAUGGGCGCAACUUCCGGUACCUUCUGUCUCCUCCUUGCCUUGAGGCUUCAGUCUUGAGUGGAUGGGUUAUGGAUUUCUGAGGCCCUGCUACGGUCGAUUGGAGUAGCUUGACUCCAAGGAUCAACUCCUUGAAGUCUGUAUAAUAUUCUGGCUUAAUUUCUGGUCGGCUCCCACGAGCCAAAAAUGGGUUUCCGAGUGGAAUUUCUGGAUUUUCACGCGUGAAAUCAAUCUUUGGCUCGUGGAAGCCGAUCAGAAAUUUAAUCAACUAAUUAUAGAGUGCCAAAGUGCCUUCGACAGCUACAGGAAAAAGACUCCUAGUCUGGGCCGAAACCCUUAGUCUCUUGGUAGAGGAAUAUCCAUGGAUUCUCGAAUCCUAAAGGACGUUGUUAAGCAUCUCCAUUUCUAAACACAGGUAAGCAGCCAAAGCCUACCUGGAUACACAUCUCUUAAGCCUGCACUUAAUUCUCGGCUCGAAGUCCGUUCCAGUACGCUAUAGCCAUAAGGUCUGGAAAGAAUCGCUAAGAGGGUCGGUUUCGCAUGUCGCCAUUUAAUUGAUUGGAUGGCCAAGGAGAAUGCCAACAUUGCAGUGAUAAAUGUGAAGAGUGUGAAGAUAUCACAGGCAAAUGUUUGACUUGCAGCAGCAACUUUAGGCUUGAGUUUGACAUAACUGAUUCGAACUGUUGCAGCAAAGGGACAUAUUCAGAUGGAAACACUUGCUUGGCCUGCGAUCCUAAGUGUAGCCAAUGUGAAGAUAUUACUGGCAAUUGUGAAAUAUGUAUCGCUGAUGGAAUGAUCAAAGACCCUGAUAAUCUUAAAACUUGCAAAUGUGAAGAAGGUUCCUAUUUUGAUGGAACUUCCUGUCUCCCUUGCGGCAAGAAAUGUGUUGAUUGCAAGGAUAAUGUAGGAUGCACAUCUUGCGACAGCACUUUAAGUCUCUCUUUUGAUAUUACUGACGAUGGGUGUGGAUGCGAAGAUGGAAAUUAUAAUAAUGGACAAGAAUGUGUGCCUUGUGGUGAUUUAUGUGAUAUUUGUGAAGACGUUACAGGCGAAUGUACAUCUUGUGUUGAUGACAAGAGGAUGAAAGUUUCAGAUGAUGACAGCAAAAUUUGUGUAUGCAAAGGAGACCAAACAAAAGAAGGCACUACAUGCUCAUGUGACAGCGGCAAGUAUUUCGAUGGGUCAACAUGCUUAGAUUGCUAUGAUAAAUGCGCCACAUGUAAAGAUUACACUGCUGAGUGCGCUACCUGCAAAGACGAUUAUAAAAUGGGUGUAAGCAAAGAUAAUAAUAAAAUCUGCGAGUGCUUAGUCUCCCCGUAGCGAAUAAGCAUUUUUUAUGAAGAAAAAAUUUGAUAUAUAAGCGAUAAUUAUUAUAAUUAAUAUCUAGCCAUUGCAAUUUCCUGUAGAUUGCGCUGUUUUGGCCUUGAAUUCCACAGGAAAAACUUUUGGUUCGACAGGUAUCAUAUGGUUUGGUUAAACCAAAAAAAUUUUCCAGUGGGAAAAUCAAGGCCAAAAUAGCGCUAUCCAUGGCAAAUUAGAAUAAUUCUGCUUAGUUUCGAACAACUUAUAAUUUAAAAUGUAAUUUUUACAAAUUAAAAUGAUAUUUGUUUAAAAUUAUUAUGAAUUUGGAUUUUUUAAGUCUUGAAAAAAAAAAUUACUAUACAAUUUAUAGUUAGCCACUUCCAAGCAAACAAUUUUUUUGUUUGUUCACAGAGAGGAGUUAGGAACUCAAACAUUUGACGGCGAAAAUUGCGUGUGUGCUGAAGGCCAAUUCAAUGGAACAACCUGCGCCAAAUGUGAUCAUUUUUGUUACACUUGUGAUGAAACCUCAUUAGUCUGUGAUUCUUGUGUAGACAGCAAUAGAAUGAAAUUUGAUGAUACCGACAACAAGAAAUGCAGCUGUAUUGGAAAUCAAACAGCAGACUCAUCUCACUGCUACUGUGAAGCUGGGACCUAUUUCAACCCAUCAGUCGGCUGCUCUCCUUGCGGAAAGAGUUGCUUACUCCCCCUCAGUGAGCGAAACAAAUUUAUUUUUUAAAAAAUUUAUAAAUAAAUUUUAUAGUAACUUUUUUCGAUCUUAAUUCGCAAAAUUUGAGAAGCAAAUAUUUAUUAUUCGUAAAUUUAUAUAUUAAAAUUAAACAGAAUACCUAAAAAAUUUCAUUUACUAAUUAUCACUUAUAUAUCAAAACUUUUUCAUAAAAAAUUUAUAUCCACUUAAGGAGGAUGGAUUUUUGGUAAAAUUGGGAUUUUCCAAUGGUUUUGUUCGCUCAUGGAGGGGAAAGCUAGAAUGUUCUGAUUAUGAUGGUACUUGCACUGAGUGUGAAAAUAACUUUAGAAUUGAACUAAGCAUAACAGAAUGCGGCUGUAGUCCAGGAUCUUACAGUAGCAACGAUGAUACCUGCGUCCAAUGCGGCGAUUUCUGCACAGAAUGCGAAGAUUUAACUGGAAAAUGUACAGAAUGCGAAAGCAAUCUCAGAAUUGAAGCCGAUAUCAUUGAUGACUCCACCUGUGGAUGUGGCUCGCACAGCUACUAUGACGGAUCAAAAUGUACUGAAUGUCCUGAGUUUUGUACAGAAUGCGAGGACUAUACAGGCUUAUGCUCAUCUUGUGAAAAUAAUCUAAGAAUUGAGGGAGAUGUUGAAUAUGUCUCGUGCUGUAGUGCUGGAUCCUAUUAUGACGGGACUCAGUGUUUGACCUGUGGAAGCCUCUGCUCUUCAUGUGAAGAUGAAACUGGAGAUUGCAAGGCCUGCUUGGACUCAAAUAGAAUGGAAAUUAGUACGACUGAUACUAAAAUUUGCACUUGUAAAGGAACUCAAAUUUUGACUGGGGACUCUUGUGGCUGCUCCGAUGGAUUUUUCUUUGAUGGGUCCACUUGCGUCCAAUGUGGCACACUUUGUGAUGCUUGCGAUGAUUAUACAGGAAAUUGCAAAGUUUGUGUUGAUAAUGCAGAAGUUAGUAAUGAAGACAGUAAGGUAUGUGCAUGCAAAGGAACUUCAACCCAAAGUGGAAGCUCAUGCUACUGCGCUGAUGGAGAAUAUUACGAUGGAAGUAGCUGUCAGACUUGUGAUAGCACCUGCAAAUCAUGCAAAGACACCACAGCCGUUUGUAUUACAUGUGCAGAUAGCGAUAGAAUGUAUCCUGAUAAAUCAGGCACUACAUGCAAGUGCAAAGGAUCUCAAACUCAAAAUAAUGAUAAAUCUUGUUCAUGCAAGGCUGGGACAUAUUUCAGCAGUUCUGAUGGAAAUUGUAAAACUUGUGGAAGUAUGUGUGAAACAUGCAGUGAUUUUACUGGCACAUGUACUUCUUGUACUAACAGUGACAGGAUGGAGCUUGAUGACACAAAAUGUUCUUGCAAAGGAAAUCAGCAGUCAGAUGGAACUAAAUGUUAUUGCUCAAAAGGCAGCUACUUUGAUUCAGAAACUUGCUCAUCUUGUGGAAGCCUGUGCGCUGCCUGUGAUGAUAUUACUGGUUCUUGCAAUGAUUGUAAAGAUAACCAAAGAAUGAGUGUUAAAGAUGACAAAUCAGGUUGCCAAUGCAAAGGAACUCAGCUUUAUGAUGAAGCAUCCAAAAGUUGUUACUGUCCUGAUGGAACCUGGAAUGGUAGCAUUUGUCUUAUCUGUACCCAAAACUGCUUAUCAUGUGAUGAAAAUAACUGUCUCAAAUGCAGUGACGGCUAUUUCUAUAACACUGGAACAAAACUUUGCGAAACUUGCACAACUAAUUGCGCAAAAUGCACUGCAGAUGCCUGCUCACAAUGUAAAUAUUCUUCUAUGUCGAUUUCUGGCACUGAGUGUAAAUGUCCGGAUGGGACCUAUUUUGAUGGAAGCACAUGUGCUAUUUGUGGCACUUUAUGUGAUAAAUGCACAAGUCUCAGCGAGUGUUCUUCCUGCUUGGAUGAUACAACCAUGGCUGUAAGCACGACAGAUCCUGGAACUUGUUCCUGCUUGGACAAUAAGAUUUAUGAUGGAACUGCUUGUGCCGAUUGUGGCGCUUAUUGUAAUGAAUGCGAUUCAAGUUCUAAAUACUGCACAACUUGUUUAAAUAGAUUUGAACUUAGUCCUUCGUCAAACUAUCACUGUCAAUGUAUUGGCAACCAAUUGCUGAAUUCGAACACUAAGACUUGCUAUUGUUACUCAGGAUAUUAUUUUGACAAUCAAAACUGUGUCCGUUGUAAAACAAUGUGUAAGGCCUGCGUUGAUUAUUCAGGGGCUUGCUCAGAUUGUAUAAAUAAAGAUAGGAUGGUCAGUAAUGCGGAUGGGUCUUGCAGUUGCAAAGGGUCUCAGCUAUCCACCGGAAAUAUUUGUUAUUGCCCAACAAGGACUUAUUUCACAGGCACAACGUGCGCUGACUGUCCGAAGCAUUGUGAAAUCUGUAGUGAUUCAACUGGAAAGUGUACUUCAUGUAUUGACAGCCUUAUGACUCUUGAUACGAAUGCCAAUACAUGUACUUGCCCGAGUGGCUAUUAUUUUGAUGGCAAACAGUGUAUGCAAUGCGGCAAGUUCUGUAAGAAUUGUGAAGAAACAACUGGCAAGUGUUUAGAAUGUCAAGAUAGCUUGAAAAUGGAUUUAGUUGAUGGAGUAUGCAGUUGCAAGGGAAAUCAGCUUGCAGGAGAUACUGGUUGCUACUGCAAGAGUGGCUAUUUUGAUAGCUCAAACUGCGUUGAUUGUCUCGGAUUUUGCUCAACCUGCAAAGAUUUCACUGGGGAGUGCACAAAAUGUAUUGACUCAAACAAUAUGAUGGUAUCAACAACAGACAAUCAGAUUUGUGUUUGCAAAGGAAACCUAAAAACUGGAGAUAACAAAUGCUACUGCGAUGAUGGAUAUUUCUUGAAGAAUGCUUAUUGUUAUCCAUGCACAGAUCCAGAUUGCCAAAAAUGUACUAGCUCUUACCAAUGCUCUCAAUGUAAAGAAUUAUCAAGCUAUGUAAAUGGAUACUCUUGCAAAAGUUGCCCUGCUGGAUAUUACUCAGAGCAGGAUGGAACUCACUGCUCUCCUUGUGGAACCUGGUGUUCGAAGUGCUCAUCUUACAACAGUUGCAAUAGUUGCAAUGACCCUACAACAAUGCAAAUCGACUCAAAUGGUGCAACUUGCUCAUGCAAGGGAAAUCAGCUCUCUACAGGCACUUCUUGCUAUUGCAACUCAAACUAUUACUUUAAUGGAGACACAUGUGAAUCCUGCUUAUUUCCCCUGUAAGAAAGCAAAAUAAUUGGAAAAUUUUUUUUUGUGAGCAAGCAAAAAAGUUGUUUUUAUAUUAAAUUUUAUAAAAAUAUUUGAAUAUAUAAUGGUGAUUUAAAUCUCUAGCUAAUUCCUGUUGAAUUUAAAUAAUUUGCAUUCUACAAAUAAAUUAAUUUUACUUAUGAUUUUGAGAAUAAUAAAAAUAAUUAUUUUUCUAUCUAUUUAUAAAUUUUAUUAAUACCCCCCUUCAUCGUGGGUCAAAUUUUUGAUCUCAUAGAGGGUGUUAGGAAAAUGGUGUGGAACAUGCGAUUCAAGCAAUGGGCACUGUUUAUAUUGUUGGAAUGGUUAUACAAUGCAAGUCAGCACCACAAAUGUCAAGGAUUGCGAAUGCAAAGGAAAUCAGGUUGCAGGUCUUUAUGGAUGCGAAUGCGGCACCAGCCAGUACUUUGAUGGGACAACAUGCACAGGCUGCACCGAUUCAGGCUGCGGAGCAUGUUCAAGAGUUAAACAGUGUGACAAAUGUUUGGACCUUAAUAAAUGGAUUGAAGGCUACACUUGUAAGUCACCUUCAAAUGGAUAUUAUGCAGUAGGUGACGGAGUUCACAGAAAAGCUUGUGGAAAGUGGUGCACUCAAUGUGAGGAUGUAACUGGCAAAUGCUUGACAUGUAAGGAUAGCACCAGAAUGGAGUUUAGCACCUCAAAUACUAAAAACUGUAUGUGUAUCGGAAACCAACUUUACAGCAAUUCUGCAUGCUAUUGCGUAGAAGGAACCUAUUUUGAUGGCUCAAACUGCGUCCAAUGCGAUACCAUGUGUUCCAAAUGCAAAGACACCACAGGCGAGUGUGAAACCUGUGCAGACACUUCUAGGAUGCAAGUUUCAUUGACCAAUUCUCGCAUUUGUACUUGCAAAGGGAAUCAGAUAGCAAGCUCUACAAGUUGUUCUUGCACUGAUGGAUACUAUUUUGAUGAAACAAACUGUGUUGCCUGUGGAAAGCAAUGUGGCAAGUGUUUAGAUUAUACAGCAGAAUGUGUGGCUUGCUCAGAUCCUAACGCAGCAAUAAGUCAGACAAACAAUAAAGAAUGCUAUUGUUUGGGAACUCAAGUAUACGAUGGUACAAAUUGUAUCUGUGAAACUGGUCUGUUCAACGGCACAACUUGUGCUGAUUGUGGAUCCCUCUGUAAUGAAUGCGAUUCAACAACACAUAAAUGCAAUUCGUGUUUGGAUGAUAAAAGAAUGGUCCCAAGUACAACAAACGAUAUUGUCUGCGAGUGCAUAGGAAAUCAAGCCUUAUCUGGGUCAAGCUGUACUUGCAAUUUAAGCUACUACUUUAAUUCACAAAACUGUGUGAAAUGUGGAACCUUCUGUGAUAAAUGCGAUGACUUCGAUGGAAAGUGCACUUCGUGCUUGCAGUCAAAAAGAAUGAAACUUUCUGAAUCUGGCCUGACUUGUGAAUGCAUUGGAAAUCAAACGGCAAGCUCUGCAGGAUGCAACUGUUUAGCUCCUCGAGAGUUUUUCGAUGGCUCUCAAUGUGCUUGGUGUUCUGAAUUUUGCGAAGCGUGUGAUGAUUUUACUGGAAAAUGCACAUCAUGUGUGGACUCAAGCAUGAUACUUGAUACAAGUUCAAAUAAAUGCUCAUGCCAAGCUGGAUAUUACUUUAAAUCAGGAAAAUGUGUACCAUGUGGAGAUUUUUGUAUGGAGUGCGGAAAUUAUGAUGGAGUAUGCACAAAAUGUAAAAACGAUGAUAGAAUGGUUUUCAGUAAAGAUCACCCUGAAUCAUGUGAAUGUGCUGGAAACCAGUUGUUUGAUGGGCAAAUCUGCAGUUGCGAAAUAGGCAGAUUCUUUAAUGGCUCAUACUGCUUGCAGUGUGGCGAUCUCUGCCAUGAUUGUGCCGACAAUACUGGAACUUGCUUGAAUUGUAAUAAUGACAAGACAAUGAUAUUCGCUGAUGAUAAAUUUAGCUGUGUCUGCAUAGGAGAUUUAGAAAAGGAUACUGACUCAUGCACAUGCAGCUCUGGUUGGUUUAAUGGUGCCAAUUGUGCAAGCUGCGGUACUUUUUGCAGUAAGUGUGACUUUUAUACUGGAGUGUGCUCUGAGUGUACUGAUCAAAUCAGAAUGGAGUUUAGUCAAGCAGACAAAAAGAAUUGUGUUUGCAAAGGAAGCCAAAUAGCUGAUAGUACAUCUUGCUCUUGUCCAAAUGAUUCAGUGUUUAACGGAGUAGAUUGCGUUGCUUGUGAACCUAGCUGCUCUUCUGUGUGCACUGGAGCUACUUAUUAUGACACCAUCUCGCAAUCAUGCAAAAAUUGUGGAGACUUCUGCACUGUCUGCUCAAGUAAAACAGACUGCUCUCAGUGUUCUGAUCCUACCACUAUGAUUCCUGACCCUGAAGGCUCUGGUCACUGCGUCUGCAAAGAAUCAUAUUAUUUAGAAGACUUAACCUGCCAGGCUUGUGGAACUUUAUGCAGCGUAUGUAACUCAGACCAGUGUCUUACCUGUGCAAGCAUCGACAACAUUGAAAAAGACCCUGACAAUGCAAAAGUUUGCAAAUGUACAGAUGGGCAUGUUUACAAUUAUAUUACUCAGAAAUGCGAGGAUUGUGGAAGCUCAUGCUCUGGCUUUUGUGGGGCUCUUUGUUCUUCUUGCGACACAACGCAUUGCACAGAGUGUUUGGAUACUCAAACUAUGACUUAUGACCCUAAUGAUCCAUUUAAUUGUAAAUGCUUCCAAGGAACAUAUUAUGACUUAGAUUUGCAUGCUUGUACAAACUGUGGAACUCUGUGUAAGAGUUGUGAAAGCGGCAGCAAUUGUUUAGAAUGCGUCAACUCUGCAAUGGUAGUUGAUCCUACAGACCCUGGAUCUUGCACAUGCUCUGGAGCAUUUUAUUCCCAAGGAACAAAUUGUUUGCCUUGUGGAACCUUGUGCAGCAGGUGCAGCGCAGAGAAGUGUUUUACUUGCGAAAAUAUUAUCAACGUUAUAAAAAACACAGAUAAUCCUACUAUUUGUAAAUGCAAAGAUGGAUAUUCGUAUCAUGAAAGCACAAAUACUUGUGAGGUCACUUGUGGAGAUCUGUGCUCGACUUGUAGUGAGACCCAAUGCACAAUCUGUAUAGACACAAUUCUCAUGGUCCAAGAUCCUAAUAGUCCACUUAAAUGUAUUUGCAAGGACGGAUACUACUACGACACAAUCUCAAAGUCUUGCAAAGUAUGCGGCAAUAACUGUUCUAUUUGCUCUUCUGCAACUCUAUGCACUGAGUGCAAAGAUGCCUGGAUGAUAACUAGUGAAAGUCAGCCUGGCUCAUGUGUAUGCAAAUCUGGAACAUACGAAAAAGACAGUCAAUGCGUCAAAUGUAGUUUGCCUUGCACAGAAUGCGCCAGCUCAGCUUUUUGCACAAAAUGUCAAGAUGAUAUGACUCUUGACACAAAGACAGGAUUGUGCUCAUGCUCAGCAGCAGCGAAAUAUUAUGACUCAACCUUGACAGCAUGCAUGAAUUGCCCUGAUAGAUGCUCUUCUUGUACUUCAGAUAAAGUGUGCACUGAUUGUAUAGAAAACGCAGCUUUAACUUCAACUGCUUCUUGUGCUUGUGUUGCAGGCUAUUUCUCUCUUAAUGGAAAAUGCACUAAGUGUCCAGAUUUAUGUGAAACUUGUGAAAGCCAAGCUAAGUGUUUGACCUGCAAGAAGUAUGCAUCAGUUGGCGCUGAUAAUUUGUGUCAUUGCAACACUCAAUUCAGCAUGAAUAGCGAAGGAUCCUGCACAUCUGUAUGUAAUAACCUUUGCACUGCUUGCAGCGAAUCAGAUGGCAAUAGCUGUACUGCCUGUAUUACAAAUGCUGAGUUAUCAAAAACUGUUUGCUCUUGUACUGCCAAUUCUGCUUAUGAUUCAGGCUCAAAAUCUUGUGUCUGCAACUCGGGCUCAACGCUUAUCAAUAAUAAAUGUGUGACAUGCAAGAAGUACCUGUCUAACACCGAUAUCAAAAAAUCGUCAUUUGCCUCCUCAUGGGCUUAUUUAUAUGUUUACUUUAAUGUCAAAGUCGAUAUGACUCUAGACUCAAGCUGUUCCAAAGUGAUCGCCAGCGACUCCCUCACAAAGUUGGGAGAAAAUCCUGCAUGCUCUUGGGCAGACUCAAAGACCUUGAGAAUUGGGCUUGGGGUGGGCUUUACUCAGAGAACUGAUUCAUUGCUUUAUUUGGACGGAACUUAUAUAGUGAAAGCCACAGAUGAUCCUUGCACAACGCAGUAUCAGCCUUUAAGUGUGAUGCCAACUGCUACUUCAAACCCAGCUCCUACAGCUAAAGUUAGUGGUCCAACGAGUAUUUCAAUCUCAUGCAGCUCGGAUCCUUUAGUUUAUACAAGCGAAAAAUCAACAGGCUCUUUAGGAACAGCCCUUACAUAUGCUUGGUCAGCAGAAAUCUCUCCAGCAAAUUCAGCUUUGGCUUCGACUAUUGCUUCGACUACUACCGCGAGCCUCACUAUCAAUAGAAGUAACUUCAGCACAAGUUCAACAACAACAUUAAAGAUAACUCUUAAAAUCACAAAUACCCUUGGACUUUCCAAUUCAGACUCAAUGACAACAACAAUCCAAGGAGGUGAUGCUUUAUCUGUAGCUUUCGACCAAGGAAACUCCGUCUCAAUAAAGGCUUCAGAUUCAAAGACUCUUAAGGCAAAAGUAUCAGCUCUUUGUGGCGACUUGACUACUGCAAUCUCAUGGCAAUGGAGCUAUGUGAGCGGCCCAGAAAUUGACUCUGCAGCAAUUCUUGCAAAUGGCGGGACUACAAGUAAACUGACAAUUAGUGCUAAUGCACUAUCAGCUAGCAGCACUUUAUACGUCUUUAUGGCUACAGCAACUCAAGCCAGCAGUGGAGGUUCGAUAAGUGGGAGUGCAACCAUUUCUAUAACAGUUACAGCAUCUCAGCUAUAUAUCAAGCUAUCAAAGAACAGUGGUGACAUUUCGCCUAGCCAAGACUAUACUAUUGAUGCAAAUGGCUCUUAUGACCCAGAUGAUUCUACUCUUCCUCUGAGCUAUAGCUGGACUUGUGUAAAUAACGCAGAUGGAUCUACUUGCACUGGAAGUGACUCUAAAACCCUUCUAAAUAACGAAGUUGCAUCAAGUUUGACCAUUCCAAAAUCAAGAAUGGUUAAAGGUGCUGCAUGGGAUAUCACCUGUACUAUUUCUAAAGACACUAGAAGCUCAAGUUUGACUAUAAAUCUCAAUGUAUUAAAGAAGGAUACAAGCACUGCUGCUUGGAUACUAACAGAUACUCUCAAGCUUAACCCACAUAAAUUCAAUAGCUCCCCUUCCGUGAGUCAACCAAUUUUAUGCUCUCUUAGGGUAAAUUUUUUUAAAUUUUAUAUUGCUUUCAAUAAUCAAAAAUUUUUAAGUAAAAGUUGCUUUAUUUAUGGAUUUCUGUUUAAGAUGCAAAUUGUUUAAAUUUAAUAAUUGCCCACUAUAAUAAUUUUUUACCUAUUAAAAUAUUUGUAUAUAGAAUAUUUUUCAUGUCGGGUUUUUCUAAUUGUACUUGCUUUUAGAGGGGGAAUAGGUACAUUGCCAACAUUGUCGCUUCUCUAACUGCCGCAUUGAUUUGGACUCAGCGAUCUGGAAAUGCUGUUUCAUUUUAUCCUAACUAUCUUUCAACACUUGGAUUCCAAUCAAUGACUCUUUCUGAAGGCGUUAUAUAUGGUUUUGACCUCAGUAUAACUGAUCAAGGUGUCACUUUAACGAUACAGUUAUCAAUUUCAGUAAACCAAGGUGCUGCUUGUACAAGUGGUCUUCAAGUAAACCUUGUAGACGAUGAAGGAUCAGCCCUAAUUGAUACUUAUAAACUUUGAAUUGACGGUUGUUAUGAUCGUGAUGGGGAAGAUUUACCAAUCUUAUAUCAAUUCCAAGAUAUUUGGAGAGGCAAGGUGUUUACACUUGGAUAUGCAAAAGAAGCAAAUUCAGUAGAAACCUAUUUGUUUUGGGGGAGAAAUCAGCUAACUGCUCACGUUUGCGACCAACUAGGCACUUGCUCAGAUUAUACCUUGAACUUUACUUAUUAUAGGUCGUAGCUUCUGCCUAUUACUAAAGCAGCCGCCAAAGAUCCCUAGGGGAUUCGUCCUCUUUGCGAAGUUGGUAAGGAGAACUUUCUCAAGUUAGAUGGCUCAAGGCGCGAGUUUCGGCUUGAACACCAUUUUUCCUCUUUUCAUCAUCCUGAUACAUGCCACCUGUGAAGUAGGGUACUAUGUCUCCGUCUCCUCCUUGUUUUGUCGGCUCCAGUGUUGAGUGGAAAGGUUAUGGACUUCUGCAGCAUGCAGCUUGGGUUGAAUGAAGGCUGCCCCAAAAAAUGGAAUUUCUGGCCAACCUUCUGAAAAAGGAAAAAUUAUAGACUGGGGACUUAACUUCCGGGUUUCUCGCUAGAAGAUGCCCAAUGGUCUCAGCAUUGCCUGAAGAUGCUGCUGGGCUUUCUAUUUUCCAACUCUGAACCCAUUUUAUUUAUCGAGGUAAAAUUCAAUCCUGAAAGCGGACUAGGUCAGGCUCUGAACAUUACCAGAAUUGCUUAACUAGCAUAGCUGUCAAAUUCUGGAUUAGCAAAACAUUGCCUUAUAUAAAUAAAAUGUGCUAGAGGUUGCAUUGCUGGGAGAUAAUGACAGGCCCGAGAGGCCAUUUUUUAUGCUCAGAUUACUCCAAAACUUUAAGAGUUAAAGCGUUUAAUAGGAGACUUCUUGAGGACAGUUUGAUGAACUCAUACAUUUCCAGCACUUUAGAUGAAGACAACAUCCCGUCUUCUAUCAGCCUCUACUGCGGCUCAGCAACGAUUGAAAAUGACUUAUUCACAAGAAUGUGGAGUGACUUGCAGAGUUAUGUGGCUAACCAAAAAGAACUCACAAGCAGUGAGCUCGACAGUGUUUUAGGAGCACUUUAUUCAAUGACGACUCAGGAAUCUCAGAUGACCUUAAGCCUUUAUAAAGAAUUUAUUAGCUGGCUUGAUGGGCUACUUACAACUUAUACUUCCCUAAUUCCUACUCAAGACAACAUGAUUACACUUGUUUCUAUUGCAGACAGUUUCAUGAGCUAUGGGAAUACUACUGACUACUCUGAGCAGCCUCUAGAAGACUACGUAAUGACAGCAAAUGACCUUGUCCUCACUUGGGCUGCAGUUGCAACUAAAGAAGACCUUGUAAACCAGACUUCGCUUAACGGGACUCAAAAUACUGAUCAAACUAAGAUAUUUAAGUACAGAAACUUCCCAUCCGACAUGCAAAAUUCUAAUAUCACACUUGGGACAAAUCGAUCUAUUGCACUUCCAAGUCAGCUGGAUUUCACAUCCACAGAUAUCAUGAAUAUGAGAGCCCUAUACUUCAAUACCUCAUCUGAUGAUUAUUCUGAUGUUAUAUCAUUGAGUUUCUCAACCUCUGGCAAUUAUACUGACAAUACAAUGAACUACUAUGAUAAUGAAACUUACACUCCGUUCUCAAGCUCAGAACACCCAGUCACUAUAGAGCUUCCUAUUAAUAAAAAUGUUUCAGAAGGCGCAACAAUGGGCUGCUUAUACUAUAACGAAACAAGUAAAGCUUGGACAGAAGAUGGCUGCAAGGUUUUAGAAAUAAAUAGCGAAAGUGUUAUCUUUGAAGUUUACCAUUUCUCCAUGUUUAAGCUGGGUGAAGCAGGCUCUACCAUAUCCCCACCUCCAAUUUACACUCCUCCAAGCUCAUCAUGCGGUGACAAUUACGCACCAAUCUACAUCCUGGUCGUCACUUUAUUCAUGCUUAUCAUUUUGAGUCCUAUCAUGAUCUGGUUUGACAGAGCCCAGAAAGUAGAUCAUGAUGUCCAGCAGACCCACAAGAAAGUUCCUAUGAACUCCCCAACCCAUGUGUCGAGACCAACUGAAAUGGCUCUAAUUAAUAUACAAUCAGAAUAUAGCUCACCUAAUAUUACAUCAAGAGAAGAAGAGGUUAAUGAAUCUGAAGAAAGCUCAGGGGUUAUUGAAUCAAGAGAGAUCGAUUUGACUGAAAAUUCCUAUGCUGUGCCAGUUGAGCAGGUAGAGCUAAGCAGAGGAGAAGAAGAGGUUGUGGAACCUGAAGAGAUGAGCUCAGACUUUGACAAUUCAGGGGGCAUUGUAGAAUCCCAGGAAAUCGAUUUGACUGAAAAUUCCUUCGCGUUCCAAGUCGCAGGAGUUGUUGAGAAGCCUCAAGCUCAGACUGUAGAAGCUACUAAAACAGAGCUGCAGGCACUUUUCGAAGGUCACUUGACAUUUGGAAUUAUUUAUUAUAGACCGAUCUUUUCUAGAUGGACGAGAUUGUUUACCUUGAUCACUAUACUUCUCUUUGAGUUGCUGCUAGAAGGUUUAUUGCUCUUUGGAUUUGAAGAUAUAAAUUCUGGAUCAGAGGAGUCUACUGAGACACUAUUUGCAGAUUACCAAGCCAAAUUCUUUGGCUACACUAUUUUGGCUCUUGCUAUUGCUAUUCCAAUUGAAAUUUUGUUAAUUAUUGCCUUUAGCAUUGAUAGAAAUAAAGCUCCUUAUUGGCCUGCAUUUGCAACUGCAUUAGGAACUGCAUUGAUUAUUGGCUCUAUAAUUGGAAUUGUGAUGCUCAGUUAUACUUUCUGCCAUGAGUGGAGCGGCUACUGGGCAAUUUGCUUCCUUUGGGGUAUUUUAAUUGAAAUCUUCGUUAUGCAAACAAUCUAUAUGACUGCCAGAUAUUUCAUUUUGGAAAGUUUCCAACCCGAAGAAGUUACAACCAAGGUUAACUAA